GGGUGACCGCCUGCCUAACUCUUCGACUCACCACCCCUACAUAUCACUACGAACUCCGAAUCGAUACCAGAACAUUACCAGGACUCACGGAAGAUCGAAAUCGCAAGUGCAACCGCAAUCAUGGCUGAUUCCGCCGAUCUCCCUGACCGCAAACCCCGCAAGUCGGUCCAAUUUUCCGAAGGUGCCACGAUUGUCGACAGCAACGGCGACGUUACCGAAUCACUAGAGAUGAACGGCGGUAAGGACUCCGCUGAGGGCCACUCCGCGGGUGCUGGUAAGAUGGAUUACAUACUGGCAAUACAUCAGUCGCUGACAAGUGGGGCUACAGGCGACGACAAAGAGGUCGAGGAGGUCACCGACAUGUUCGCUGAUCUAGCAAAGAAGAAGAAGAAGAAGUCCUCCAAGAAGAAGGAAGGCGAGGAAGAGGACGGCGCAGAGGGCGACUUCGCCGCGCUAAAGAAGAAGAAGAAGUCCAGCAAGAAGAAGGUCGAGGACGACUUCGAGGCCAAGCUCGCUGCUGCUGGUGGAGACAAGCCCGAAGGCGAGGAGGAGGUCGCUGCUCCCGAACCCGAAGUACAAGAAGGCGACAUGAUGAAGGGCACCGGUAUCUGGGAACACAACUCGACGACCCCCAUCUCGUACAACCUCCUCCUGAACCGCUUCUUCACGCUCCUCCACGCACAACAUCCCGACCUUGCCAGCUCGGGCACAAAGAGCUACAAGAUCCCGCCCCCACAGUGCAUGCGCGAAGGAAACAAGAAGACCGUCUUCGCCAACCUUGCCGAGAUUUGCAAGCGUAUGAAGCGUUCCGACGAGCACGUUGCUCAGUUCCUGUUCGCUGAAUUGGGUACGAGCGGUUCAUUCGCCGACCAGAAGCGCUUGGUCAUCAAGGGUCGUUUCCAGCAGAAGCAACUCGAGAACGUCCUCCGACGAUACAUUGUCGAAUACGUAACCUGCAAGACCUGCCGUUCGCCCGACACCGACCUCUCCAAGGGUGAGAACCGUCUUAACUUCGUCACUUGCAACAGCUGCGGAUCGAGACGUUCGGUACAGGCCAUCAAGACUGGUUUCUCGGCCCAGAUCGGAAAGAGGCGGAGAAUGGUGGGUUAGAGGAUUUGAUGUUAUGCGCUUUACGAUGUUCAAUGUUAUGCAUGGCUUGGGCUGGGGCUUCUCGAUCAGCGGGCGCUACGGCUGUUGCUGUUAUGACGCUUUUUGGCGGUAUGAACAGUCAUGAUGAUUCAAAGCAAUGUCUGUGGAAGGUUCAUGUACAUUGAGAUGAGUCAAAAGAUACAGUCUAAUAGACGUAGAAGAGAACUUGCUCGGUACGUGCGUAAUGGCUGAUAGCUACUAUACGCGCUGGCAAAUAAGAUGCAGACUAGCAUGUGAGAUAUCAUGGGCGCUUAGGUCGGUCGCAAGUGGACCCUGAUAGCUACGGUGCCUCCCGAAGCUGCCCUGCAUCGUGGACGCAUGCGAACAUGUUUGUUUCUGCCGUG